AGAACAGUGAGGAGGCUUUGCUCUCACAAACUGUGGGAGCUCAAAGGGACACUAGCGUUAAGGAGGUCUGCUGAAUUUUGUCUAACAGACAUGGACAUUGAGGAGAGGGACUGUUCAGGUGGGGGUUAUUUUGUGCAGAGGAAGGUUCUGGAUGAGUUAUGCCUGGAUGAAGUGGCACAAAAAAGGACGUGGUCCACUAAACCAACCCUGAGUGAACGGGUGAAAGAGUCCCUGAGGUGUUCAGUGCCCAGGCUAAAGCGCACAGCGUUGAGCUGGGUCCCUGUUCUCAGCUGGCUACCUUACUACUCCAUCAGAGAAAACGCUAUAGGGGACUUGAUCUCUGGCUGCAGUGUGGGCAUCAUGCAUCUACCACAGGGCAUGGCAUAUGCCCUUCUGGCUUCCUUACGCCCAGUGUUUGGCCUUUACACUUCCCUAUACCCAGUGCUGGUCUACUUCAUCUUUGGUACUUCCAGACACAUCUCAGUAGGUACGUUUGCUGUGAUCAGCAUCAUGAUUGGGAGUGUGACGGAGAGGCUGGCACCAGACAGUAACUUUAUUGUAAAUGGCACUAAUCAGACGGGUAGUGUGGACCUCGAUGCACGGGACGCAUACAGAGUACAGAUAGCAUGUUCCCUCACUGUCUUGGCAGGAAUCUUUCAGAUCCUGUUAGGUGUGGUGAGGUUUGGUUUUGUGGUAACCUACCUGUCUGAGCCACUGGUCCGAGGCUACACCACAGGAUCAGCAUGCCAUGUAUGCGUCUCCCAGCUCAAGUAUCUUUUUGGGGUCACGCCAGCUCGCUUCACUGGUCCGUUCUCUCUUAUUUAUACUCUGGUGGAUGUUUGUCGGCUGCUGCCGGAGACUAAAGUGCCAGAGCUGCUGGUCAGCCUGGUUGCGCUCUUUGUUCUUAUUGUGGUCAAAGAAAUCAAUGCCUGCUACAGACAGAAGCUGCCUAUGCCCAUCCCGAUAGAAAUCGUAGUGAUCAUAGCAGCAACAAUUAUCACCCACUUCUGCGGACUGACGAGUAAAUACAGCAUUGAUGUGGUUGGAGAGAUUCCCAGUGGGCUCAAGGCCCCUCAAGCUCCAAAUGCCACAUUUUUCUCAGAAGUGAUAGGCGAUGCUUUUGCAGUGGCCAUUGUGAGCUAUGCCAUCAACAUUUCUCUGGGCAAAACAUUUGCCCUCAAACAUGGCUACAAGGUGGAUAGCAAUCAGGAGCUGGUUGCCUUGGGUCUUUGUAACACUGUUGGCAGUUUUUUUCAGUGUUACUCUGUGACUUCCUCCUUGUCUCGCAGCCUUGUCCAGGAGAGCACAGGGGGCAAGACACAAGUUGCGGGGGUGAUUUCGUCCAUCAUCGUGCUCAUCACAGUUUUGAAAAUAGGUUCUCUCUUUUCAGACCUCCCCAAGGCUGUCUUAUCCACAAUAGUGUUUGUUAAUUUGAAAGGAAUGUUUAUGCAGUUCAUGGACGUGCCUAUGCUGUGGAAGACCAACAAGGUUGAUCUGCUGGUGUGGCUGGUAACGUUCACAAGCACACUCCUGCUCAACCUGGACCUGGGUCUGGCUGUCGCCAUUGGCUUUUCCAUGCUCACUGUCAUCUUUAGGACACAAGUACCCCGCUACUCUAUCUUGGGCCAUGUGACAGGCACUGCCCUGUAUCUGGACACAGACACCUACAAGGAGGCUAAAGAGAUUCCAGGAAUUAAAAUCUUCCGUUCAUCUACAACUAUUUACUACGCAAAUGCUGAGAUGUACUUGGAGGCCCUGCAAGAGAAGAGUGGACUUGAAAUUGGGAAGCUGCUGACUGCAAUGAAAAAACGAGACGCAAAGCUGAAGCGUAAACAAGAAAAAGAGAAAAAGGAAGCUAAAAUGGAGGCGAAGAAACAAAGAAAAGCAGUCAGCCACCUGUCCAAUGGCACAUUCUCAGAGGUGAACGAGAGGAAAGUCUCUGCAGGAGUGAAGGGACAGAGCCAGGGGAAUGUUGUAGCCUUAAGCCUGACAGAAACCUCUACACGUGGCCAUAGUAAAGGCCAAGUGAACAGGGCUUACCAAAAUGACACAACCAUGUCAGACUCAGAUUCAGACACGGGUAGCCACAUUUUUGACAGCAUCACCCAGGUAUCGAAACCGGGUGGUGAGAAAAAGGGAAAGGCCUGCGGAUCGAGUACGCACAGCAUCAUCUUGGACAUUGCGACAACCAGCUUUGUGGACACAGUCACUGUGAAGACCUUGAAAAAUAUAUUCAGGGACUUUGGAAAGAUUGAUGUGGACAUCUAUCUAGCAAGCUGCCAAGCAUGUGUCGUGGAGCAGCUGGAAACGGCAGGUUUCUUUUCAGAGUCCAUCCCAAAGAGCAGGCUUUUUGUCACAAUUCAUGAUGCAGUGCUUCAUAGUCUCAAAAAACUGGGGCAGACUGACUUCGUACUUGAUGUGUCCUGCAGCACUCGGAUGUAACCAGCAGGGGUCGGACUGUUCCAACUCUCACCAUCUUCCUCCUCCUCUUAGACUGCUGGCUUUUCUAUUGCUCACUACUGCUCGUCAUUGUCUCCUCCCCCUUCAGUAGUGGAGAAUGCAGCACCUUGACAUGGUGGCUGGUUGCCAUGGAAAUACAGGGAGCCGUUUCUGUGGCAACAGGCUUUUUAUGAUAUCUUCUAAUGAGACAGCCAGCAAUACGUCAUUGCAGCUCUCUUGCUCUGUGGUGUGUGUGUGAGAGACACAGAGAAGGGGCGGGGGUUGAGUGGGAGAAUGUAACACUGGACUAAUAGGAGUCUGUAUUUAUAGCCUGUGUGAGAGAGUAGAGAGAGAGUAAAAGGUUCAGGGGGAACUCAUAUGUGAGAGGUGUUGUUGUCAACAGUUUGUCUGUCAUUCUAUAUUCCUGAACCAAUGCACGUUUUCCACGACAAAUCAGUCAAAUGUAAACAUUUGUCAUUGAUAUGGUCGGACCAUUCCCUCUGGGAGGGGUUCUCACUCAUUGCAGAUAAUAGUGUAAUAGGUAUUACAUUGAAAAUGAGCAGCAGCUUUUAAACACAACAUGAGUGUAUUUAUAGUCUGUAUUCACACGUCUGAUUCCUCUUGAGCUCCCUUCUAUUUUUGGGAUAUAGAUAUACAGCCCAUAUACAGCCCACCCAAAGAUAUUUUCUCCCAGCCAUAAUCAACAACAAAGGUCCAUUUAAAUGUGCAAUUAUAUAAAUUGGAAAAAUGACUUUCCUAAAAAACUCAUGAGUGUUAUGGGAUGUCAGGGCUUCCCAUCACAAAUAAAUUCUCAACCUACAGAAAACACUGAAAUGUGUGUCAGGAAUCUUCAAAUAUUGGUUACUUGGAUUAGUGACUGCAAUGUAAACAAUGUCAAGUGUUGUAAAUUAUAGAACACAUAUUUCCUGGAGAGUGCUUAUAGCUCACAAUUAUUCUAGCUGAUUGUUUACACAUCCAGUUGUCUGUGUAUAUUUGACUAGUUUUUAUACAGGUGGAACAUAUUUAAUGUGAUUGAAACAGAAUCGUUUUUGUGCACAUCUAGAGUUAUGCCUCAUGAAUUAAGUAUGAAUGAGCCAAUGUAAAUAAAGAGUCAUAACAACACAUUG